CAUCAAACAAACAAACACAAUCUCACUUAAGUGUUAAAAAUGGCCAAGUUCGCUCUCUCUCUUCUCCCUCUCCUUCUCCUCCUGGCCUCCACUACCGCCGUGGAGAUUCUGAACCCCAGCAGCCGCUGCCGCCGCGAGAUCGACCGGCAGAGGCUGAGCUCUUGCCGCCAGUAUCUGAAAGAGGGCAGCCGGUUCGACUGGACGCGCCAGGACGCCCGCGGCUGGCGCGAGGCGUUCCCGCGUUGCUGCGAUGAGCUUGAGCGGAUCAAUCAGCAGUGCCGCUGCGAAGCUGUCAAGCAGGUGGUGAGGGAACAUCAAUCAGCAGGAUUACAAGGGCAACAGAUGAGGGAGAUGGUGCAGACGGCACAAAGUUUGCCUAGUCUGUGUCGCAUAUCACCUCAGUAUUGUGACAACAUACCAGAAACUACUACUCCGUUUUAGAUAGUUAUGUGUAAUCAACCGUUUAAUUUUAAUAAAACCCUGCGCUGUACUAAUCGGUUUUCGGGAUUAAUUAUGUGUUUUCAUCAGCUUCAA